UCAUUUAAACAUUACACAAUCACCUACAGGUAUCAAGUUGUUUUGGUUUCAUAGCCGAUUUUACUGCUCCAUUUUCCUUACAACAGCAAACCCACACUGUAUGUGAGUCGCCUUUUACUUUCUGUGACAACACGGUGUACAUUUGGCUGACAAAAUACAGCCGAUGCAGUUGAUGUGGAAUGGUAGUAAACUUCCUGAAAGUGACCAGACUGAAAAAUACUCAUAUCUUAUGUUAUACUCCACAGAGACCAACAUGGCUUUAAUGCGGUCAGAACCCUUAUUUACACGUCACGCUUAGAUUUACGUCUUGUCUGUACUGUAAUAGGCCUAUUCACGCAUCACAGGGCCCUGACACAUCACGAUUGUUUGGUUGUAAUACCUAAUUAUAUCUUAAAUUGACAGACGAGGCCUGUUUCAAUUCUUAAAACUAAAUGUUCGCCAUCGUUAAUAUUUUACCUAUUGAGAACCACAAGCAAGGAUAUCCAUAACAUCUGGUGUUUAAAGUGAAACCCUUGUAAUACUAUCAAGUUUAUAAAGACCACGAGUUUGGUUGUACCAUUUCAUCAUAAUUACUUUUUAUUUUUUAAGGUGAGAAGGUAAAUGAUCCUCGUCACCCAGAUUAUGUGCCUUCUGUUUUCCCCCACAAAUUAAUGAAAACAGUUGCUAUCAGUCAGCAUCAUCGAAGUCUACAGGAAAGAUGGACCGCUAUCAGAGGGUCAUGAAGAGAACAGCUAACACAGGUUCAGGUGUAUCACAGGUAAGGAAGAAACUAAAAUUGAACAACCCAGUUCCUGAGACCAACAAUCAAGAUGAAAGGCCACCAAAUCAGUCAGAACUUACUGAUCCAACACCCAUGAACAAUGCUGAUGAAGAAGAUAAUGAGGUAUCGUUCUCCACAAUGUCACCAUCAGAAAGUGAUCAUGAGUCUACACACAAGACUGUACCUGAAACACCGAUGCAAAGAUCAAUGGAGCCAUCUGAGAGGGAAAUGUUAUACACAGAAAUUGAUAACUUGAGGCAUGAACGGGAUGAGGCCCUUGAACAAGUAAAAUCCCUCGAGCAACUUAUAAGUGCAUCUUCCUUGUCAUCAGGUAGUGUGGAGGGAAAUGAUAAUGCAUGCAAAAACAUGAUUGGGAUAAGUUGGGGAACAUUUUUGAAACUUUUCCUUUUUCUGAGUGCUUUUACAAAAUCAACCAACAACAACAUACCAUUAAAGGAACAGUUAUUCUUAACACUUGUCAAACUAAGGCAUAAUUUAUCAUUUGAUUUCAUUGUUCAUGUGAAAGGAAUUCCAAAAACAACGAUGCUGGAUUACUUCUGGAAGUGGAUUGACUUGCUCCAUGCCAAAAUAGAGUUUUUAGUGAAAUGGCAAGAUAGGGAAACAAUUUUCAAAACAAUUCCUCCUGUGUUUAAGCAGAAAUGCCCUCGUUUAACAUCGAUAAUAGAUUGUUUUGAAAUUUUUAUGGAGGCUACUAGAAGUUUAUUGGCAAGAGCACAGUUUUACAGUAGUUAUAAGAGACAUACAACAGUGAAAGUAUUUAUCUCUUGCAGUCCACUAGGUGCAAUCAACUUUUUAUCAAAAGCAUGGGGAGGUCGUGUUUCGGAUGUACAAAUUGUGCGCGAUUCAAACUUCAUUGAUACAAAAUAUCAUAUGCCUGGUGAUCAAAUUUUAGCUGAUCGUGGGUUCACUUUAUCUGAGGAUUUUGCUGCAAAAUGCAGUGCAGAACUCAUUACUCCAGCUUACACUAAAGGAAAGAAAAUUUUGUCUGCCUCUGAAGUUGAGUUAUCCAGAAAAAUUUCUUCUGUGAGAAUUCACAUUUGAACGAGUUAUAGGACUGAUGAAGAACAGGUUUACCAUAUUAAAAGGAUCAAUGCCAGUGCGCUGUGUACAGAGUUUGAAAGAUGAAAGUUUCCAAUCUCCUGUAUCAAGUUGUGAUAAAUUGAUAACUGUUUGUGCUGCUUUAACCAAUACGGGUCAAAGCAUUGUGUACAAAGAGUAAUUAUAACUGAACAUUGUCAUAUUGAACAGUCACAUUUUUGUUGAGAAAUUCAGAUGAAUUUGUUUGCAGUUAUCUUUGGCAAGAUAAAAUUAGUCAAUGCUUUUAAGUGAUAAUUACUUUGAGACUUUCAUAUAAUCAAAGUAUCCUGUUAUCAAUGACUUUCUAUAUUAUAUCCAAUCAAAACACUGCUUGAAGUUCGCUCCAAAUCAACUUCCUUGAUAAAUAUUUAUGAUGUUCAUACUAUAGAUAUUGUAUAAUGUUUAAAGUCUCAUGACUUUCAGUGUUCCUCCACCAUCACCAUGUAUACGUAGCAGUCAACAAAUAGCUGUGCUAUGAUAUAUGAUGAUUGCCUCGUAACUAAUCAGUAUCAAUAUUAAUAAAUGUACAG